UUUCGUGUACUCGCUUUUCUUCUCCAUCUUAAAAAUCUCCUCUGCACUAGACGCUAUGAACACAACUCAAUCCCUAAGAGAUGGUGAGACUCUAGUUUCAACAGGUGGAAGCUUUGAACUUGGAUUUUUUACCCCUGCAGGUUCAACAAGUCGAUACUUCGGCUUAUGGUACAAGAAGUCUCCUCAGACAGUUGUGUGGAUGGCCAACAGAGGAAUUCCAAUUUCCAAUAAAUUUGGUACUCUAAACGUCACUAGCCAAGGGAUUCUUGUCCUUCUCAAUGGCACAAACAAUAUUGUUUGGUCAUCAAAUACAUCAACAACAGCACAGAAUCCAGUUGCACAGCUCUUGGACUCUGGAAAUCUAGUCGUGAGAGAUGGAAAUGAUAAUAAAGCAGAAAAUUUUCUGUGGCAAAGUUUUGAUUAUCCUUGUGACACCUUAUUGCCUGGAAUGAAACUGGGAAGUAACUUAGUUACUGGUCUUAACAGGUUUUUGUCAUCUUGGAAAGGCAAAGAAAAUCCUGCUCCAGGUCAAUUUACUUUAGGCAUAGAUGUUCAGGGUUAUCCACAGCUAAUUCUUAGGAAGGAAACUAGAAUAAUGUACCGGGUCGGUUCAUGGAAUGGCCAGUAUUUUACAGGGUUUCCUGAGCUCAAGCCUGAUCCAAUCUAUAGAUUUGAGUUUGUAUUUAAUCGGAAUGAGGUUUAUGUCAAGUUUGAGCUCCAAAACAGUUCAGUUUUCUCCAGGCUUACGGUGAUUCCUUCAGGCCUUGUGCAGCUCUUCACAUGGAGUCAUCAAACAAAUGAUUGGUAUGUUUUUGCUACAGCUGUGGUAGAUCAGUGUGAAAAUUAUGCCUUGUGUGGUGCAAAUGCUCGCUGCGAUAGCAAUAGCUCUCCUGUAUGUGAUUGUUUGGAUGGAUUCAUUCCCAAGUCUCCAAGCGAGUGGGAUUCACAAAAUUGGACGGGUGGGUGUAUCCGAAGAACUCCACUUGAUUGCACCGAUAAGGAUGGCUUUCAGAGCUAUACAGGUGUUAAACUGCCAGACACAUCUUCUUCCUGGUAUGACGAUAGCUUUAGUCUGGUGGAAUGUGAGGGGUUGUGUAUUCAGAACUGCUCUUGUUUUGCAUAUGCAAAUUUAGAUAUCAGAGGACGUGGAAGUGGCUGCUUGCGAUGGUUCGGUGACCUGAUGGACACAAGAAGAUUAGCUGAGGGUGGGCAAGAUAUUUAUAUACGGCUAGCUGCUUCACAAUCAGGAGUAACCGGGGAAAAGAAAAGAAAGAAGAAGACCCACGCAGGAGUAAUUGGUGGCGCUGUCAUACUCGGCUCAAGCAUUCUAAUAUUAGGAAUUGUCUUCUGUAUCCGAAGGAGAAAGCACAGAAAGAAUGGCAACGUCGAAGAUAGGAAAGAAGAAGAGAUGGAGUUGCCAAUGUUUGAUUUAACCACAAUUGAGCACGCCACAUUUAACUUUUCUAGCAGCAAGAAGCUGGGAGAAGGUGGUUUUGGAGCUGUAUACAAGGGUGAAUUGAUAGAAGGACAGGAAAUAGCGGUGAAAAGACUUUCGAAGAGUUCUGGCCAAGGAUUGAAUGAGUUCAAAAAUGAAGUUCUAUUAAUUGCUAAACUCCAGCACCGCAAUCUCGUAAAGCUGCUCGGUUGUUGCAUUCAUGAAGAUGAAAAAAUGUUGAUUUAUGAAUACAUGCCUAAUAGAAGCUUAGACUCCUUUAUUUUUGACCCAACAAGAAGAAAAUUCCUAGAUUGGAGUAAGCGUACUCACAUCAUUGAUGGAAUAGCUCGAGGGCUUCUUUAUCUUCACCAAGACUCUAGACUGAGGAUCAUUCAUAGAGAUAUCAAAGCCAGCAACAUUUUGCUGGAUAAUGAGUUAAACCCAAAAAUUUCAGACUUUGGCCUCGCAAGAAUGUUUGGUGGAGAUCAAACUGAGGCCAAUACAAAGAGGGUAGUUGGAACAUUUGGUUAUAUGUCUCCUGAAUAUGCAUUGGAUGGACACUUCUCUGUCAAAUCUGACGUCUUCAGCUUCGGUGUCCUAGUCCUAGAGAUAGUGAGUGGAAAGAAAAACAGAGGAUUUUGUCACCCAGACUACAACAAAAACCUUCUUGGGCAUGCAUGGAUGCUUUGGUUUAAUGGGAUUCCUUUGGAACUAAUUGAUGAAUGCUUUGCUGAUUCAUGCACACCUUCGAAAGCUUUAAGAUGCAUUCAUGUGGCUCUAUUAUGCGUGCAACAACGACCAGAAGAUAGGCCAAACAUGUCAUCUGUUGUUCUAAUGCUUGGCAGUGAAAAUCCAUUGCCUCAGCCUAAACAGCCUGGUUUUUUUAUGGGAAGUAAUCCACCUGAAAAGGAUACUUUAUCAAACAAGCACCAAUCUCACUCAGCAAAUGAAGUUACUGUAACACUGUUACAAGCGCGGUAGGCUAUCUUCAGUUGGCAUUCAAUGGAUAUUUUACCUGCUCAAUCAUGCAACAAGCUAUAAACUCCAAGCCUUCAGCAAUUAAAAUGGUGACAGUUCUUUCUGCCCACUGUACUAGUUUCAGUGUAGUGGACAUAAUAUUGAAGAGUGACAGAGACAAUAUUAUAUUAAUUUGUUACAUUUUCAUGAAUCCAGCAACUAAUUGCGGGCAACUUCCAACGAGCAGUGGACAAGGUCACUUUCUAUUCCUGCUAUGACUUCAAAAAUACACUCAUAUAUUGCUCCUGCCAUAUAUCAUUUGAGAAAAGCUCAACAAGGUGCGAUGUUUCUGGGUAACAGUGUUGCAAGCUUUCUGGAUGGAUUUUAUUAUGGAUUAUUUCUUGACCAUAUGGAUGAUGAUUCAAUUAUAUUAUGUAGAUAUGUAGUCUGUAAUCUAUGAAAAAUGAUGUGCUAAUUUUCUUCUACAUUCUUCAGA